AACUGCAUGUCUCUUUCAGCUGGGGUGACUGCUGCUCUCUCUCCUGCUCCAGUAACUGGAGGCACAAGUUCCUCCUUCACCAGCAUCAGCUUCAAUUCUCAGAAGUUCUGGGCUGUGUUCUGCUGCUACAGUCAUGGCACCCAAAAAGAAUAAGGCAAUGAAAAAGAACAAAGGAGACAUUAAUGAAAUGACCAUAAUGGUCGAGGACAGUCCAAUCAACAAGAUCAAUGGGCUUAACACUCUGCUGGAAGGAGGAAAUGGCUUCAACUGCAUUUCAACUGAAGUUAAUGAUUCUGCGUAUGCCCCAAACCUCUUGGAGGGUUUGAGCACCAUGAGGCAGGACAGUUUCCUCUGCGAUCUAACAGUCGCCACCAAGUCAAAGUCAUUUGAUGUCCACAAGGUUGUCAUGGCCUCCUGCAGCGAGUACAUUCGAAACAUCUUGAAGAAGGAUUCGUGCCUACAGAAGAUCGACCUGAACGAUCUCUCACCCGUCGGCCUUGCCACAGCCAUUACAUAUGCAUACUCAGGAAAGCUGACCCUGUCGCUGUACAGCAUCGGCAGCACUAUCGCUGCAGCCAUACUGCUGCAGAUUGGUACCUUAGUGAAGAUGUGCAGUGAUUUCCUCAUGCAGGAGCUCAGCGUGGAGAACUGCAUGUAUGUGGCCAACAUCGCUGAUGCCUAUGACCUCAAAGAAACCAAGGAGGCGGCUCAGAAGUUCAUGCGGGAGAACUUCAUUGAGUUUUCUGAGAUGGAGCAGUUCCUGAAGCUCACCUAUGAGCAGAUCAGUGAUUUCCUCUCAGAUGAUUCCCUGCAUCUUCCUUCCGAGGUCACAGCCUUCCAGAUCGCCAUGAAGUGGUUGGACUUCGACGAGAAGAGAUUGAAGUACGCGGCAGAUCUCCUAACUCUCAUCCGCUUCGGCACUAUCUCCGCCCAAGACCUGGUGAAUCAUGUCCAGACUGCACCCAGAAUGAUGCAAGACCCUGAGUGCCACCGUCUCCUUGUUGAUGCCAUGAAUUACCAUCUGCUGCCAUACCAACAAAACAUCCUCCAGUCACGCAGAACAAAGGUGCGCGGUGGCCUCAAGGUGAUAUUAACAGUUGGUGGUCGCCCUGCUUUGACAGAGAAAUCUCUCAGCAAAGAAGUUCUCUACAGGGAUGAAGAUAACGUGUGGAAUAAGUUGACUGAAAUGCCAGCAAAGAGCUUCAAUCAGUGUGUGGCAGUCUUGGAUGGCUUCCUGUAUGUGGCAGGUGGUGAGGAUCAGAAUGAUGCAAGAAACCAGGCUAAACAUGCCGUUAGCAACUUCUGCAGAUAUGACCCACGCUUCAACAGUUGGAUUCACAUGAGCAACAUGAUCCAGAGGCGCACACACUUCAGCCUCAACAUUUUCAAUGGCCUCCUGUUUGCCAUCGGAGGGCGAAACGGUGAUGGUGUUCAGGCCUCUGUGGAGUGCUAUGUGCCCUCCUCCAACCAGUGGCAGAUGAAAGCUCCCAUGGAGGUGCCCCGCUGCUGUCACGGCAGCUCCCUCAUCGAUGGCAAGAUCCUUGUAUCCGGAGGUUACAUCAACAACGCCUACUCCAGGGCUGUGUGUGCAUAUGACCCCUCCACUGACACCUGGCAGGAUAAAAGCAGUCUGAGCACACCUCGAGGAUGGCACUGCGCUGCCACCGUGGGAGAGAGAGCCUACGUCAUCGGUGGCAGUCAGUUGGGAGGUCGUGGGGAGAGAGUGGAUGUCCUCGCCGUAGAGUCUUACAACCCUCACAAUGGGCAGUGGAGCUACUGCACGCCUCUCCACACAGGUGUGAGCACGGCUGGUAUUUCCAUUUUGAACAACAAGAUCUAUCUCCUCGGAGGCUGGAACGAGGGCGAGAAGAAGUACAAGAAAUGCAUUCAGGUUUUCAACCCUGACCUCAAUGAAUGGACUGAAGAUGAUGAAUUGCCAGAAGCUACAGUCGGCAUUUCAUGCUGUGUUGUCACCAUACCCACGCGGAAAACACGAGAGUCCAGAGCCAGUUCAGUGUCUUCUGCACCAGUCAGUAUAUAAAAGUUUAGACAAUGAUAAUGUAGUUUACAUGUCUAAAGGUCUCCAGCUAUCUGUUGCAUAAAUCUUAGUUCUAAACUCUACUGUUAGUCCAUUUUUUGGGGGCUAAGAUGAUGUUUAAAUGGUCCCCAACGUUCUUCAGAUGAAAAAAAAAUUAUAAAAUGCAAGGAUUACAAAUUUGUGAACAUAUUUUUAUAGGAUUUUUUUUAAACUCCAUUCAUUAGAAGCAAAUGGAAGCCUUGAAGUGUAUUUUCAGUAUUUAUAGUUUAAUAAUUAGUAUAAUUGGCAUCAUUAAGGUCAGAUCAUGUUUAUGAUGGAGACAAACUGGACAUAGGAAUAACCAAUUGUAUUAGCUUUAGACAGAAACGUACCUUUGGGGCCAAUUUAGUUGGGAUAAUUUCAUUAGUUAUUUUUCUAUAGCAAAUUUAGGCCUAAUGUUAUUAAUUUUUAUUAUUUAAAACUCAAAAGGUAUGAAAAUGCAAAAUCACUGCUGUUGUUGAGAUUAAUCUGUAACAGUAUUGUCUUUUUUACCUAGUGCAAAAAAAAUUAACAAUAUUGUGUUGUUUGUUUGCAACACAGUCCUUAUUGUUAAAGGAUUAAAGGAUUUUGUGACAUUUAUUUAUGAAAAUUAUAGCUACUGUGAUUCUCAGAUACUUGAACAGAACAAUGAGCUGGAAUGAGUGUCGGCAUCACCUACCUACUGGAGUAGAUGCUUGUGAUUAGUGUUUAAACACACUACACAGAAGGGCUGCAGUUUCUCUGUCUCAUAUACAGUAGGCUACUCAGUGGUCUUGUGUCGUAUGAUGUGUGAUCAUCAUAAACACUAUCAGUGCAAAGAAAUGGAUUCUGUUGGGAAAAUGUUGGAAUGAUGAGGGUUGAAUGGGUUAAGAUGUGACAGCAAUAAACUAUUUUGUAAAAAAGGAAAAGAAAAAUAGAAGUUGGGAACGAUGUUAGCCUGAGCUUUCCUGGAAGUCAUGAAUUCCCUGACUGCUCAUGUAUUUUUAUUUUUUGUUUGUUUUUAAAUUAAAAAGAUGAAGUGUAAGCUA